AUGGCGCCGAAUAAGAGAGGAGGGAAACAGAAAUCGACCCAGUUCGUCGACAAAAAGAAUGAGGCUCCCCCUUCACCAUUCAAGCGGCCCCCUGAGGUCCUUGAGCCCUUCAUCAACGCUCUGGACAAGAAGCACGUCUAUGUCACACACAUUGAUAACAAACCUGCCGAGUUCAAACGAAAGAUCUUCCUCGUGCCUGUUGGCAUGAACAUUGUCGUUGUACUUCUCUUUGUUCUUCGCAUGUGGUGGAUUCUCCCCUGGUAUUGGUCGCUCAUCAUGACUGGUUUGGGCCACGACAACGAAACCACCUGGAACACUGCAGACUCAACGUGGUCCGAGAUUGCCUGGGAGAUCGGCAAACGUUCUGGGACAAUGAUGAUUGAUUUCAUCCUAUUCAUCUUUGUCUGGCCCUGGCCCGUGGAAUUUGUCGCUGGAAGAGCCCGUGGUAAUCCCUGUCAAUGGCGAUGGCAAGUCGGCUUCCGCGAACAGGAGAUUUAUGUCCGUCGAAGCCGAGAAUGGGAUCAAGCUCUCACUGACAUGCUUACGGAUGAAGGCUCCAAGAAGAUUCUGCUCACAUACAUCAAUCAUGCCACGUCUCCUAUUCUUCAAGAGCAAAAGACCGGAUAUCUCUUGAUGAAUGGCCAUUGGGAUUUGGAUUGGGCACGCAUGAUACUCGCACAUCGCCUGGUGGAUAAGAAGGAGAUUGCACUUGAGGCCUUCAAGAGCGUGGUUCUUGUCCACCACGCUGACUACGGUUGGAUAGUUUAUGAUGUGCGCGGUAGUGGUGCGUCGAGUGAGGAUGAGCGACGUCGACAAGUGUUUGCAUUUCGAGACGUGCUCAUUGCGCUUGGAAAGGAGGACUUGUUCUAUCGCUGGGUUGAGAUUGUUCAAUUCGAAGCGACACAACCGGGCGGGUUUGGUCCAAAGGAACAAGAGGCAGCGGCCAAGAGAAUCAGGGAGCUGUUUGAGAACGAGAACAUCGAUUUUGAUGAACUUUGGAAGAAGAGCGUUGGAGUAUAA